GGCUGUAUGCAGAACAUCUGGAACGAUUUCAACAUCAACAAAUAGAACAUUAUAAGCCAAUAUUAUUCAUUGAAAAAGAUUACAAAGUUUUUAUCGGUGCUAAAAAUCAUAUUUUAGCUUUAAAUCUAAUGGAUUUUCAAUCAUCAUUCCAACAACAUUAUUCGAUUCCAGCUGAAAUUAAACAAAUAAACAAUUGUCAUCAAAAAACAACAAAUAGAGAAGAAUGUCAUAACUUUAUAACAACAUUAUUCCCCAUCAAUGGCGGUAAACAAAUUCUAUAUUGUGGCACCAAUGCCUAUUCACCACAAUGUCAAAUCACACUUAUCAAUGAUAAUUUCCAAGUAGUCAAUAAAAGUGUAUCGACACUUUCACCACAUUCACCAUAUUGGAAUACAACAACAUUGUUAAUUGAAAAUGGUCAAUUUUACUAUGCUGGUCCAAUAGAUUCUCAUGGUACCAAUGUAACAAUCAUUCAACAAAUAGACAUUUUUAACAAUACAACACAUUUCGUGCAAACUUUACAAAAUAAUCAUUAUUGGAUCAAUAAGGAUGCUAAUUUUGUUGCAAGUUUUCAAUACGAACAGCAUGUAUAUUUCCUUUUCCGUGAAUCGGAUAUGGAACAUUCUAAUAUGGGUGGUCACCGUGUUAUGUCACGAAUUGGUCGUGUUUGUAAAAAGGAUUCGGGUCUGCAAAAUCAUUGGACAACAUUCUUGAAAGCAAGGCUGAAUUGUUCAUUGCCUGGCUCAAUACCAUUCUAUUUGAAUGAAAUACAAUCAGUCCAUUACAUUCAUAAUGAUAAAUCAUACCGAUUUUAUGCUGUUUUCAAUACUCCUCAAAAUUCAUUACAUGGUUCGGCUGUUUGUGUAUUUACAAUGAAAUCGGUUCUGAGAUCUUUUGAAGGUGCAUUCAGGUAUCAACCAUCACCAUCACAGUUAUGGCAACGACAAGAUGAUGAUCAUACUGUGUUCAAUUGUCAGGCCAGUCAUAAUGAUCACUCCCAAUCACAUUUGAGUUUAAAAUAUCAACUAAUGGAUGAUGCAGUUCAGCCAAUCAAUGACAAACCAUUAAUAUUCACCAAAGACGAACAUUUCAAGUUGAUUGCUGUUGAUUGGAUUGAAACAAAAUUCGAUAAUUUUGUUCAAAUAAUAUUCAUUGCAACAAAUGAUGGGAAAUUAUUGAAAUAUGUUCAUUGGUCGAAUUUGGAUGAAUCAUGUUUGAUUGAUGCUAUUCAAUUGAUUAACCCGAAAGAAAAUCAAUUUUUAUCAAUGAAAUUCUAUCGAGCAACUGAUUCAUUAUAUUUUGGUACGGAGAAAGAAUUUAUUCGUCUUUCUGUUGAUCAAUGUGAUAAAUAUCCAAACGAAGAGGAAUGUAUUAAUAGCGGUGAUCCAUACUGCGGAUGGAAUCGUUAUCAAAUGAAGUGUAUUCGAUCUUCACUCGGAAUUUUAAGAGAUGAAAAUUUCAUACAAAAUAAAAAUCCGCAAUCAUGUCAACAAUUAUGGAGUGAUUGGUUUUCAUGCAGUGUAACUGAUCCGAAAACGUUUGCCCAAGGAAUUUGUCAAUGUCGUCAGCGACCAUGUGCAUCUACAACGAAUAAUAAUUGUUUCAAAGGAUUCGAAUAUCAAGUAACCGAUUGUGUUGUUUAUCAUACCUGGAAAUUUUUAUUUGUUUCGGUUAUUGUUGCUGUUCUGUUGAGCUCUUCCAUAACAGCGUUAAUGUAUUUUUAUUUUUUUCCAAAAAUCAAAAAACGAGCCAAAAAAUCGAAACCAACCCCGAAAUUGGAAAUCUAUAAAAAAUCUCCUACAUUAUCGUUAUCACCAGCAUAUAGUAUGGCCACAUCAACAGUAACAUCAUCAUUGUCAUGUUCAACCAGAAAUCUUGAUAGUAUAAUUCGAGAAAUAGGCCCAAAAAAAUUGACCAUCUAAAAUAUUAACUAAAAUUUGCCUUAAUAGAAAUAAUCUCUCCCAAAUUAAUAAAUAAAAUCAUAAUUUUCAUCAU